AUGGGGAGGAGAGGGCAAGCUGGUACCAUGGGCGCCUCCGUCUUCCCGUGCCUCUUCGUUAUCCUGCUGGCCGGGGGAUGCCCAGCAGGUUGUGCUGGAGACGGCAGCUCCGCGUCCCACAGUACCUCUCCAGGCGCAGAGAAGCCUAUCCUAUUGAACAACAUCGCGGACGCCGAAGCCUUCGUCAGCCGUGCAGAGGUGGCGGUCAUUGGAUUCUUCCAGGAUCGGCGGAGCCCCGCAGCGUCCCAGUUUGAGCGGGCGGCCGGCCGCGUCGCGGAGGUUCCCUUCGGCCUCAGCACCAGCCCCGCCGUCCUGUCCCGCUACGGCGUGGCGGCGAACACCCUCACGCUCUUCCGUAGGGUAGACAAUGACCGGAGGGAUCUCGAUAUGAACAGCAAAGAUGUUGAUGCCGAGAAGAUUACUCGUUUCAUUCGGAUGAAUGAGCUCCGCCUGGUCACAGAGUACAACCCUGUGACAGCAAUAGGUGUGAUGCAGAGUUCACUCCAGCUUCACCUCCUCCUGAUCACAGACAAGAUGUCCCCAAGGCACCCCGAGCAAAUGCGCAGAUAUCGGGCGGCAGCGGAGCUCUUCAAGGGGAAGAUUCUUUUUAUCCUGGUAGACAGCAAUUUGAAGAGCAAUGAACAAACAGUGUCAUUCUUCAAACUGAAGAAGUCCCAGCUGCCAGCUCUGGCUAUAUUCAACGCACCAGAUGAGAAGCAGGAUGUGUUGACUCUGGAUGAAGUCUCUGUUGAGCGUGUACAGGACUUCUGUAAUCAUUUCUUACAAAGAAUGCAGAAGAAAGAAGAUGAACCUGAAGAGAAGACCCUCAAUGAGGAGCUCUGAUUCUUUGUCAGACAACAGGAUGACUCUGCCCAGAGUCAUCUGUUUCUGGUGUAUGAAGAGUUCACUGAGCCCCGCAGCUCAGGAAUUCCUGGGAUAGUAAGAUUAAGGGGCCAAGUCAGUCAUGGAUUCCCAUCUCCAUGCUUUGUAUGUAUAUGCUGCCUGUCCUCUCUAGGAAUCUCUCCUCCCUUCUCAUUUGCUGGCUCCAGCUCUCUUUUCUCAGUACUCCAGGA